ACUACCGUUGCUAGCAACAACGUGGAUGUUCAAACAUCAAAGACAUGGUUUUUAUUCCCCAAACAAAAGAAAAGAAAAAAGAGAAUAUUAGGAAAUAAAAUCAACACAUGGGUCUCGUUUUGUUUGUCACUAACGCUGUUGUUUCUUGUCCUUAUUCCUACCUGAAAAGCUCUUCAACCUAAUUUGGAAAUCACCCACAAAUUCACCAUCGGCCAUUAUUUCUUUCACUUUCUCUCACAAAGCAAUCUAACAUGGCUGACAAUGGUUCUCCUGAAGAGUUCUUGGCCACUGCAGUUGAUGCAGCUAAGAAAGCCGGCGAGAUAAUCCGUCAAGGGUUUUACCAGACUAAGAAUGUGGAGCAUAAAGGCGAGGUCGAUUUGGUCACUGAGACUGAUAAGGCAUGUGAAGAUCUUGUUUUUAAUCAUCUCAAGCAGCAUUACCCUUCUCACAAGUUCAUUGGGGAAGAAACCACUGCUGCUUGUGGUGCAUCAGAGCUGACUGAUGAGCCUACCUGGAUAGUUGAUCCCCUUGAUGGAACAACUAAUUUUGUUCAUGGGUUCCCUUUUGUGUGUGUCUCCAUUGGUCUUACUAUUGGGAAAGUUCCUACAAUUGGUGUUGUUUACAAUCCAAUAAUGGAUGAGCUCUUCACUGCUGUACUUGGAAAAGGUGCUUUUCUCAACGGGACCCCUAUAAGAGUUUCAUCUCAAACCGAACUUGUGAAGUCUCUACUUGCAACAGAGGUUGGAACAAAACGAGAUAAGUUAACGGUGGAUGUUACUACAAACCGGAUCAAUAGAUUACUUUUCAAGGUGAGAUCACUUCGGAUGAGUGGUUCUUGUGCAUUGAACCUUUGUGGAAUUGCAUGUGGAAGGCUCGAUCUGUUUUACGAACUUGGAUAUGGGGGCCCAUGGGAUGUGGCAGCUGGUGUUUUAAUCGUUAACGAAGCUGGAGGCCUUGUGUAUGAUCCGUUCGGGAAAGAUUUUGAUAUCACAGCUCCGAAAGUCGCUGCUUCAAAUCCAUUCCUGAAAGAUGCAUUUGUCGAGGUUUUGAAGCAGACAGAAUGAAGUUGCAGUUAUGUAUAGUCUGCCAUUAUUUUUUAUGAAUAUGUUGAGUUACUUUUGUUCUUGUGGGGGAGAUUGUUGAGACAUUUAUAUUCUUGGCUUUGGCAAUAGACCAGAUUAUUUUGUAGAAUCCCAUUGAGAUUAUCUUGCAAGGUUGCCAAUAUAAAUCUGUUUUUGCUGAA